UAUGCUUAUUUUUGUUUUCGACAGCACGAGCACAAAUCCACAUUUUAGCAGGAUCUGUGACCGCGGUGGAUCAGUGCUACCGUUCUUCUUGUGAAAUCUAAUCGCAGCCUCUGGUCUUUCGUUUCUCUGGUUUUAAGGGCGCAGCAGCGACGGCACCACCCACCCCGCUCUCCGUCUCCACCACUCCCCCUUCGUGAUCCACAGACAGGCGGGGUGUGAGCGGCGGGACAUAACGUUACGAGGCGCAGCGUGAAGACAAACACCGUCGCAUUGGAAUGAGCUGUAACCGGAAUCCCCUCCAAGCCCACCUCUUCAGGCUCGACACGCUGAAAACGUGAAACGAAAAAAAGAAAGGCUGCAGCAUCAGUUGGAAAUCAGCUCUGCAGAGAUUUGGGGGGGGGGGAAGAAAAAGAAGCUUAGGAUCAUCUCCUGCAGCAGCAGCUGCGUCUCUUUUCUCUGGCCUGGACAACGCUCCCAUCUCUUAACGCAUAUAUUCGCUCAUCACUGGGGCCGAGGAGUCGCUGACAGGGGCGUAAAAAAACAAAACAAAAAACGUCAGGGGGACGAAGGGAGGGAGCUCAUUAAGAGCAGGCGCCAAGAGACAGCGGGGUGGGAAGGAGAGCAUGGAGGCCCUGCUUCCUGUGCUCAAGAGUCACCCAGGCCCGUCAGUACUGGUGUGCUCUUUGAUUUUCAGGUUGGCCCACCAGCUGCUCCAAAGGCUGCCCGUGCCCAAGGUGGUAAAGCAGGAUGCCUUCCGCUCCUGGAAGUGGAAGAACCUCUCCGUCUCUAUGGUGCACUCAGUGCUGACUGGGAUUUGGGCCCUGACCUGUGUGGUGGUUUGGCCAGAGACGCUGAGCGACAUCCACUCGUACCACACCCCUCUAUCCUACCUGCUUGUCUGCGUCUCCACAGGCUACUUUGUGCAUGAUGCAACUGAUAUCAUCCUCUCGGGACAUGCAAAAGGAUCGUGGGAAUUUUUACUCCAUCAUGCACUGGUGAUUUGGUGUUUCCUGUAUGCCCUGUACACUCAGCUCUAUGUAGCCGGCGCUGUAAUCGCCCUCUUUGUGGAGGUCAACAGCGUCACCCUGCAUCUGAGGCUGAUGCUGAAGCUGGCGAGUGCUCAGUCUUCCACCUUGUACUACGUCAACAAGCUCACCAACCUGUUCACCUACAUUAUGUUUCGCCUCACCACCCAGUUCUACCUCACUUGGUUUAUUAUCCACAACUACUCCUGGCUGGACCACGGUGGAUACUUUCUUGUUUCUAUGAUGGUGAUGAAUAUUAUGAUCCUAAUUUAUUUCUACCGCUUGCUCCGUGCAGACUUCUUCCCACGGAGCUGUGCAGGACAGAAUGGGAUGCAUAACAACAACACCAAAAAGUUUAUUAGCGAUUGACAGGGGAAAGGUUUACGGGUCUUUUAUAGUUUUGUCAUUUUGUUACUGACAGCGUUUCUCAUGACGGCAGGUUUCCUUAUCGUGUCUCUCUGCCAAAGAACAUACUGCCACAAAAAGUCCAAACCCUGGGGAUGUUACCACUAUUAGCGUAUUUAAAAUGUCUUUUUGUAUCAUAACUUUUACAGAAUAAAUUGAGGUUUUGUAAAAGACCCUUAGUGGUUUACCUACCAAGAGUCUGGUUAGAAUAAACCAUAAAACCAGCGUUUUCAUACCAGUACAAUAAAUAUGAAGCUACGGCAAGCAGCUGGUUAGCUUAGCCUAGCGUGGAACCAGGAGGGAAACGGUUAGCCUGGCUCUGUCCAACAAACAAACAAAAAAGUACUCAUGUAAAUUAACAAAUAGUUGCUUUUUUGUUCUUGUUUUUUAACAGUUGUUGAAUUUGAGCAAAAAUAUUUAAUUUUCCAGUAUUUUCUCCUCUUUAUGUAUGCUACGUAUGGUAGCCCAGAUAGUUUCCAGAUGUUAGUGGGGGUUAAAUAAAUUUUUCAAAAAGUGUUAAACCAUUGCUUAAAUGUUAAAGUUAAGCAUCAUGUCAGGUCUAAGAUUUUGAGUACUAUAUUUUUAAUCAAAACUUUGAUAAAAGCUGUCAAGCAGAUAUGAAACUUCAUCUAACAGCAGUUAGCUUUGAUUUGCAUUAAGAUUAGAAAUAAUGUUUUCACACUUGGAAUUUCAUACAGGUUAAACCAGGGGUCUCAAACUUAAAUGAGGUGUGGGCCCCUGCUGGCACUGUCAUCUCAUCGGAGGGCCACUUUAGUAUUCAAGUUGUACAAAAAAACCAAACAAACCAAACUUCAAGGGCCAAGUUGCAUUGUAUUUCUUCAUGUCAAUACACGGGCCGCAAGUAGGGGUGACGUGGGCCGCAAGUGGUCCCCUGGGCCGCAAGUUUGAGACCCCUGGGUUAAACAAACAAAUCUACUUGUCAGUAGGUUAUAGUUAGUUUAGCCAGUCAGUAUUAACUAGAUUUAUAAUUAUUAGCUUACAGAUAUAAGAGUAAUUGCAACCUUUUCAUGAAACUCAGAGCAAGCAUGAUGCAGAUCUUUAAUAUUUCAAGCAAAAGUUUGACUUUUAGGUCAUUACAAUGUCCUUCUUGUUAUCUCACAGCUUUGCAGCCUUGAAAUGUUUCCAGGGACUUAUUUAAGGACAUAUUUUUUAUGCAUUAUUUAAAUUAACUUUAAUUUCAAACAUUAUGUAUGAAUUCAACAGUCAAACUGGGUAAAAAUAUUUAAAAGGUUUACAGACUGCUCCAAAAUGAGGUUUUUAAAAAUAUUAUUUAUUCCUGUUAGAUAUACUUAAAUCACUGUCUUUGCUGUUAUAGAAUUCAUACAUUAAUUCAUAUUUUAACAAACAUUUGCUGUCUUAGUAAGACCUGAUAUUACUAAGACAGUAAAUGAUGAUAUUUGUUUUGGACAUGCACAGCUGUAGGGACCAUGGACGAGCAGUUUUAUCACACCUGCUUGGGGGAUGGAUAGCAAGGAGAUGCCCUUGCCUUUGCAGUGAAGUCCAUGUGGUCAUAGCCACUUGGAGGGCAGAUGGAUGUCUAUGCCACAUCAUGUAAACCCUCUGAUGACUAAAUACACUAAAUGUCACUAAAUUAAAAACAGAUUCUUGUGUGCCCACCCUUGCAGAAAGUAAAACACCAGAAGAGUGUUGUUGAUUUUUUUCAUAAGAAUGUCCAUUGACAAAUGCGUAUCAGAAAAAUAAAAAAACUGGAAAUUGUAUUUUACAGUUGCUAACAACCUUGCUCUGUGUUGCUACAUGUUUAACAUUUGCAUGGGUAGCAGGUUUUUUUUUACGUCGGGAAAAUCAUGAUCAGCUUUCCUCUUGCUAUUAGGAAAUUUCUGAUCUUGGACUUUGAAUUUUAGCAUUCAUUUUAAUUAUAUGUGUAAAUAGAGUGGACCUCUCCCUUUGUCUUUAUGAAGCCAUUUGUGGCUGAAGAGAUGCUGGACUGUCAAAAGACGGGUGCAUAAUACACAGUGUUGUCAAACUGAAGUGUAAUACACAAUAAUGUGGGAUAAUUUAUGGUACUCUUGUGGUUGUCAUAUUAAAUCUGUUUGUAUUUGACUCAAGUGGAGCUGGAUCUUCCUGCCAUCUAACAGUAGCUCUUUGGAAACUGGGAAAGCCUCCAUGGAGAGCAGGCAGCAGCACAAUCCCAGUCAGAUGUAUCUUGUUGCUUGUUUUCAAAAUAAUACUUUUACAGAAAAGAUCUUCUUUUAAAGACCUUGAAACAGAAGAUGUGUUCUCUCUUCCUCUUUGUUCCUAAACUGUAUAUAUAUGUAUAGCACUUUGUACAUAAUGUCCUUCGGUGUGCAUUCCCUUUUGAUAUAUUUUAAAAGAAGUGUCCAUAGUUGUUGACCAUUAGUGGACUAAAACCAUGCCAUGAAUCAUAAGUGCAGUGACAUUUGAAAACCUAACAAUAAGUACAUUUCAUUUUCUAUUUCAACUGAUGCCAAGAAAGUCCAAACAGACCUGGACAGAGUGUCUGAGCUGUGCUACAGUGCCUUUGCCACCGUGCCUUUGUGAAUAAGGAAGUAUAGAUAUGCCGCAGAGUGGUGCGUAAUAUAGAGACAAGCAUACAGAAAAUCCAUGCGACCCUGAACACAAUAAUGUAAAAUAUAUCUUGUAUUUAAGCAACAACUGUCUUUUUUUUAGGAACUGUGUAUUUUGGAUUGUUGAGUGAUACCAUGAAAAUAAAGAUUGUAUUUAAAAUCACA